UUUUUUUAUUAUUUCUUUUCUUUCUCCCCUCACUCUUUUAAAACCCUUUAGUCUUUCCUUCUUCUUUUCUCUUUCUAUACUAUUUUGAUACGUCCCCUUCAUUUUUCCUUUAUCCAUUUCCACUCCCUUUUUUUUUUUCCCCACAUACAUACACAAAAAGGAAAAAGAUGUCAUCUAUUCCGACUCAUUAUUCUGAACGUUACGUUAAUCAACGAUAUAACAAAGCACUUCAUAUUGUUCAACAUCUUCCUGUUUCAUCAAGUUUUCAACCAAAUAAAGAACAAAAGUUGGAAUUGUAUGCUUUGUAUAAGCAAGUUUCACAUGGCAAUAUAGAUACACAACGACCUGGUAUUUUUGAUGUUGUUGGACGAGCCAAAUGGGACGCGUGGGCAAAAUUACAAGGAUUACCUACGCUGGAAGCAAAACAUCGAUAUGUAGAAACAUUAUUAAGAGUGUGUGCAGAGGCUUAUCGAAAACCUGCGGCAAAAGCUCAAGUUCAACAAAUUAUUCAAGCAUUUGCUACGUUACGACCAACAGAAGAUGAUGAUUCUGAUAAUAUGGAUGAUACCGAUGACGAUGAGGACGAUAUGGAUGCUGUAGCAACAAGUGAAUCUGUGGAUGAAGAAGAAAAAGCAUACCUUAUGGAUAUUCGUAGAAGUGUACCUGAAAUGACAUCGUCGAGAUCAGUAUCUACUAUUACAAGUCAAGCCAGUGAUUCUUAUCAGUCUUUACGAUCACCUGCUUUACGAUCAUCACCUAGAACAAAACAACGUCGAUCAUGGCAUUCAAAACCACCACCGCCACCAUCACGUUCUCUAAGACGAGCUCCUUCUAUAGAAUCAACUCAAUCUAUGAUGACAGCUCCCAGUGCACCACUUCGACGACACUCACGAUCUUCUUCAACAACUAUUCAUCACAACGCAGCUGGUAUGCGACCCCCUUCUACCAUAUCUCAUCGUUCGGAUCGACGUCAUCCAACCAUUGGACCUCAACAAUAUGCUGUAUUUGAUGAACCAUUUGAUGACAGUAUCAAUCCCUGGGCUACAAAUCAAGACAAUAGACGAUACCGAUUAGGUGAUGAUUCUAGUGAUGACAGCAUAGAUGAAGAACGAAAAAGUUAUAUAUCAACAAAUGUGACAUCAGGAAUGACACCUUAUAUCUCACGACCUUCCUCUUCUUCUGCAUAUCAUCAACAUCGUAUGUCAAACAACAGGCAACAUGACCCAACCGUUCAAUCACCUUUAUUUGAUGAAUCAACUACAUCCUCUGUGACAGCUACUGGUAUACCAUCCGAAUCUCAACCAAGACAAUCUACUGGAAAUAGAUUAUUGACUGAUCAACAGUAUACAUCAGUAGUUGCUCUUGGUCCAGCUACAAAACGUGCAUUAGAAACCCUUCAAUCAGAAAUCAUUGCAUUGAACGACCGCAUUGAUGGAUUACGGCAGGAAUUGAUAGAUCGGGAUAAUGAAAUGAAACAAACAUCGGCAUCAUCGGGAAGAUCGACGGUCAAAAAGGAUGAAGAUGAUGGUGAAAUAUGGGAUGCUUGGGAAUGGGUAUUCAAGGCUGCAUUGAAGCAUACCACUAUGAACUUGAUGACAAUCUUCCUUAUUGUGUUCUUCUUGUACAAACGGGGUAAUCCUAUUGCUUAUGCCUUUAUUGGUUCUCUUUACAAACAAUGGUGUACAUUCAAAUUGGGAUUUUUAAAAAACAAAUUAAUUUUAUAGUAUAGAUUAGUUUAAUAAUAAUAAUAAUAAUAAAAUGGAAUAAUC